CUGGGUUUCGCGAAGGAUUUGUUGGAUUUGAUUGCAAUUUUCACUUUGCAUUUCCGCUCGACAAACGCGAUGGCCCCGAUCGUCCACACGCGCUUUGACACACCAACCAUGACUACGGAUACCCACGUUCUCAAGACGAGCCUCGAUGCGUGGUACGACAAGGUCGUCACCAGCGCGCUGCAUGGGCGCGGUGGGCCCGACGCCCACUACACGUUCCCGAUGCCGCAGUUCCUCGGCCUCCACGAGUCGAGCUUGACGGCGAUUGAACUCUGCCUCAGCACCGACCAUGUCGACCCGCGCUUGCCAUUGCACUUGGCCAUCUUUGAAGGCAACCUGACGCUCGUCAAGACACUUUUGUCGCGCCGCCCAGAGCUACUAAGCGCCGACGCGCUCUACUGCGCCGCGUACUGGGGCGAACUCAACCUUGUCAAGUGCCUCUUCCGCGUCGAGUAUGCACCGGCCGCGACCGCUCUCGCCGCGCUCAAGGGCCACACGUCGGUGGUCGAAUUUCUUCUUGACGCACGCCGCGUCACGUUUGACGAGAUGCUCGUGGCCAAGGCGAGCGUGCCGCUCUUGCGCUUUGUGAUUGACGACCAUUUUUUCGCGUCCGACGGCGUGUACGCAGUGCAGACGUGGGCCAAGCAGAAGAAACUGCACAGCAUCCUCGCUCUCUUCGACUACGUGGGCGUCUGAGAUGCGCGCAUUCGUUUGCUCUAUUUAACCCUCACCGUCUUGCUAUUACCACCCGAUCCUCCUCCUCCUAUCUAUGUAAAUGCGACGAUAAGUCGCCAAAUUAAACUUGUACGUUCUUCUUUAU